CCAACACCCAGUCCUUCAGCCACAUCUGCUACUUAUGUUCCACAAACAUCCACAGCAACCCUAAUUGCUAAUACCAGUAGUAGUAAUAGUGCUCAGAGCACGAUUCUGACCAACAGCAGUUAUUAUACUAGUAGUGGUAACAGUGUUAAUAUUAAUAACAACAACAACAAUAGCAAAGUAAAUAACAAAAAUUCGCCACUUGUUAAGUCACUCUCACUGCAAUCGGUUUCGUCAAUCGGCACAGGCCUGAGUCACCUGGCCAACGGACAAAUGCACUCAGACAACGAUCUUAGUAUCAAGUCUGAAUCGCUCCUCAGCGAUAAGGAAGAUCAGACGUCCGGCGAGGCUAACAGCAAUGCUCUACUAACCCCACCAGCGACCAGCACGUCUACUUCGCAGUCCCAGGCGCUUGUAUCCACUUCAUCUACCCAAUCGGUCCCGGUCCCAAUCACUAGUGCAAUGCUACAGUCCUACUCUUCAGCAGCCCAUAUUAACAGCUAUAAUGCCGCCGCCGCUGCUAGUAUCCAAGCCCAAGCGCAGUCCUACCAUGCCGCUCAGGCAGCUGCCGUUGCACAAGCGAAUCAAGCCGCUGCGGCUUCUGCACAGUAUUCCGCACAUUACGCCGACGCAGCCAAUUUGGCCAAGGAGGUUGCCCAGAAAAAUUACGCUAACGCACUCAAAAUGGCUGCCGCUUCAAAUGCUCUAACCGGCAAACCACUUACCGCCCUCAGCUAUACGGGUGUAACAUUGAAUAAAUCUGGAGUCUUGCCUCAGACGCAGUCUUAUGCUGCAGCUGCCGCCGCCGCUGCCAAUGCCGCGGCCUCGCCCGCAGCAGCUCCCUCUUAUCCACCACCUCGCAUUGGUACUCCAGCCAUGGCGAAUCCGCAACAAACAAUGCUUCCGGCCAUUACACGACCACCGCCGCCCAUAUUGUCACAGGCAGCCUUCACACAAAUGUUACGUCCACAAGUACAGACCAAUUUCCAAAAUCCGUACGCUGCCGCUUUUGCCGCUCAGCAGCAGUUUCUAAACCAAAGCCUCAUGUACCAAUCCUUCCCGGCCGGUGGAUACCAAUUUGGAAGCCCAAUGCACUCUGGUAUGCCCACCACUAACCUGACGGCGAUACCCCAGGUUCAGCAAAUGCCCACUAACGCCACUCCCGGCAGCGCAGUGGUACUUAACCCCUACAAAAAGAUGAAAACUUCAUAAGCUGGAUCGGUGCUCCAGCAUCCCCCAUUUAGCAUACGACACUCAAUUUGCCAUGCAUAGUAAAGCACUCUCCCCCUUUCAUACAAAUGCAACCCAUCUCGCACUAAUCGUUGCCAUGUUUCAGCGAACAAUUCGCAAAUAUUGUGAACAGCAGAACAUUAAUUAAAACAAUAAGAAAUUGAAGAUGAUAGUGCCUGAAGAAAACACACGGAAAAUUGAAAACAAAAACGUUCACCAAGAAAAUAAAGAUAAAACCUAAUAGGAAGAGUAACACCAUUUUAUCGACAGUAACAAAAACAUAUUUUUAAAAACGAUAGCAUCGUUUUAUGGAGAAUAGUACAUAGGAUUAACAACACACACACACACA